AUGGGUGAGUUUAAGGUGCACAGAGUCCGCUUCUUUGACUACAUGCCCAGUGGGAUCAGAGCUUUAGCGUUUAACCGAGACACUGAAAGGCUGGCCGUGGCCCGAGACCAAGGGUCUUUGGAGAUCUUCAACUUCUCUGAUAACUACUGUCAAGAAAAGAUAUUUCCAGGACGAGACGGGCGGUCCAUAGAGGCUCUGUGCUGGGUGGGAACACGGCUCUUUAGUGUUGGUUUGGAUGGAUUGAUCACGGAGUAUGACUUGGAAAACUUGAGACCUAAGUACGCUGUGGAGGCUUAUGGUGGACCGGUCUGGAGCAUCAGCUGUAACCUCCAGGGGAACCUACUUGCAGUUGGUUGUGAAGAUGGGACUGUCAAAAUCUUUGAAGUAUUGGAUGAUGGAAUUCAGUUUCAAAGAAAUCUGGACAGACAGAAAGGUCGUAUAAUUUCUGUGAGUUGGCAUCCAUCUGGGACAAAGAUUGCUGCCGGUAUGAUGGAUAUGGUCAGAGUUUUUGAUGCUGAAACAGGCCGUGCUGCACUUAGACUGCUGGUUGAGAGGGGUGUAGGUGCCGCUAAAAACAAGGAGGUCGUUGUAUGGAGCCUGGCUUUUCUGUCUGAUAACACCAUUGUCAGCGGGGACUCAGCAGGAAAAGUUCAGAUCUGGGAUGGACUCAUGGGAACACUGGUGCGGAGUCACUUCAUCACUAAAUGGGAUGUCCUUGCAUUGUCUGUUGCUUCUGAUGAGAGCAGUUUAAUUGCUGGAACGUCAGAAGGUCUGGUGGUCCAGUUCCAGUUCCUCCAGUCAUCUGGAGAGCAGCAGGACAGACAGUGGGUCAGAACAAGGACUUUUAAGAACCACUCUCAUGAUGUCCACGCCCUGGUCUUAACUGAUACAGCAGUUGUAUCUGGAGGUAUGGACACUCAGUUGGUCGUGCGUCCUUUGCUGGAUAAAGUUGAAAAAAACACCUCAGAGUCAGAAUUGCGCAAGAUAAUUUUCCCCCUUAAAAGCUUGGUUAGUUGUGCAAAGAAAGCUGGAUUGCUGCUCUUUCAGUUUCCGGGCCAUCUUGAGGUUUGGAGGCUUGGAGAAAGUGAGGGAUAUGGAAAAGACGGAGAUCGCCUAUCGGUCAAGAGAAAACCAGAGAAGCUAAUUCACUUAAAGCGAAAGGGUGAGGAUCACAUCAGCUGCAGUGCUCUGUCUCCCUGUGGAACCUGGCUGGCUUACUCCACAGUCUCCUGUGUUCGACUUUACAGAUUGCAACAAAGUGGAAACAACAUAAGCAUCACCAAGGUUCCCAAGCUCCCUAAAGUCCUUUGCUCCGCCCACCAGCUCUGCUUCUCUCAUGAUUCCACCAAACUCUUUGCCUCUGCCACUCAGUCCUCUGUCAUUGUAACAGCCCUCUGUCAAUCAGAGUGCAAAUAUGUCCACACGCUUCAGCCAAAAUCAGGCUCCCAGCAACCAGUCCAUCUCUUGGCUCCGAGUGAGGAUGGGAAAUGGCUUGCAACAGCCAACACGGAUAAUGAGGUCCAUGUGUACAACCUCAAGAAGCUAAAGCUUCACUGCACAGUCCCGGUUUAUGACUCUUCUCCCACUGCAAUUGCCAUUCAUCCCAUGUCCAGCAACCUUGUGAUAGGACAUGCAGACAAGCAGGUGUUUGAAUAUUCUCUGGGACAGAAGGAGUACACUGACUGGAGCAGAAAGUUGCAGAAACAAGGCUUGCACCCGCAUUGGUUUGAGCGGGACACGCCGAUCAGCCACAUCUCAUUUAACCCUCAAAAGCCCAGCCACAUCCUCCUGAAUGACGCUUACAUGUUAUGCAUCAUAGACCAGAGCUUGCCUCUUCCAGACCACAAAACAAGGCUUUGCAAUCAGAAUACUCUCAGGGGGCUCCCGGAAUCUGAAAGAGUCCAACACAGCCACGCCUUUAAGAUAUGUAAACGGUUUCAGGAUGUCCUGAGUGUGAGCUUUCAAGAGGACGAGUCUUUGGUGAUAGUGGAGCGCCCCCUGUUGGAUAUUUUGUCUCAACUGCCGGCUCCUGUCAGGCAGAAAAAGUUUGCCACAUAA